AUGCCGAAGCUGGGUGAACAGGUUCCCGUGCCUCAGCCGAGGCAACCAGGGAGGGCUCAGCCAGCUCAUCAGGUUCACUCCUCAGCUGGUUCGUCAGGUUUCUGGGCCUCAGUAGAAGUGACCGGUCCGUUCCGGAUCCCUAGGAUCGUCCCUGUGGCUGGAGCCGAAAGCGCUGGGGACUGGGUACUGUCACGCUCUAGAACCAAAAUAUCCAGCAGCCACAGCUGUGUGAGUCCUAGCAAGCAGCAACAUGGACACGAGCAACCCUCCCCCUUCAACACACCACAGAGUCCUAGCAAGCAGCAACAUGGAUACGAGCAACCCUUCCCCUUCAACACACCACAGAGUCCUAGCAAGCAGCAACAUGGACACGAGCAACCCUUCCCCUUCAACACACCACAGAGUCCUAGCAAGCAGCAACACGAGCAAACCUCCCCCUUCAACACACCACAGAGUCCUAGCAAGCAGCAACAUGGACACGAGCAACCCUACCCCUUCAACACACCACAGAGUCCUAGCAAGCAGCAACAUGGACACGAGCAACCCUUCCCCUUCAACACACCACAGAGUCCUAGCAAGCAGCAACAUGGAUACGAGCAACCCUCCCCCUUCAACAUGGCACAGAGUCCUAGCAAGCAGCAACAUGGACACGAGCAACCCUCCCCCUUCAACAUGCCAGAGAGUCCUAGCAAGCAGCAACAUGGAUACGAGCAACCCUCCCCCUUCAACAUGCCAGAGAGUCCUAGCAAGCAGCAACAUGGGCACGAGCAACCCUCCCCCUUCAACAUGCCACAGAGUCCGACAAGCAGCAACAUGGGCACGAGCAACCCUUCCUCUUCAACACACCACAGAGUCCUAGCAAGCAGCAACAUGGACACGAGCAACCCUUCCCCUUCAACACACCAGAGAGUCCUAGCAAGCAGCAACAUGGACACGAGCGACCCUCACCUUCAACACACCAGAGAGUCCUAG